AUGACUUUACCAAAAUCAAUUUCACAACUUGAUGUUGAAGCAUUAGCCAAAGAGAAAUAUCAUAAUGUCAAAAAUACUUUAAAAGAUAGUAAAGAGGAAAUCAUAUUUUUAUUGGAAUGGAUUUGGCCAGUAUUAAUUGCAAAUAUAUUAAAUAAUGUUGCCUAUUUGUUUGUAAAUAUGGCAUUUGCAGGACGUCUGGGAAAGGAUGAAUUGGCUGCUGUUGCUCUUGGAAACACUUGGCAAUUCUCAACUUCUGCAAUUGCAAUUGGUACUUUAAAUGCUAUGGAUACUUUAAUUAGUCAAUCUUAUGGUGCAAAAAACUAUCAAUUAAUUGGUGUAACUGUUCAAAGAGCUGCCAUUAUUUCAAUUAUAUAUUGUUUUUUCAUUUCAAUAUUAUGGAUAUUUACAUACCCAAUUAUGGUAGCAAUGCAUCAAGAUCAACAUGUAGCAUUACUUACACAACAAUAUACUACCUACAUGUUACCAGGUUUAUGGCUUGGUACAUUACUCACCAUUCUUGAAAAAUAUUUACAAGCUCAAGGUAUUAUGAAAUCAAGUAUUGUUGUUGGAGUUAUUUUAAAUAUUGCAAAUGCAAUAUUUAAUUUUAUAUUUGUUCAUGGAGUUAGAGGAGAUGGUGGAAUGGGUGUGAUAGGUUGUUCAUUGGCAACUAGUUUAUCAAAGACUAUUUCAUUCUUUGCUUUACUUGGAUGGAUCUACUUUUUCAAGCUACAUGAGAGACCUGUAAAGACAUGGUAUGGAUUCUCAAGACAAGCACUUUCCAUUUCAGGUUUAAAGGAAUAUUUGCAUCUUGGUGUCCCUGCAGGACUUCAAAUGGUAUUUGAAGGUUGUGGUUUUGAAAUCUUAACUAUUUUAGCUGGUAAAUCAAAUCAAACUCAAACUCAACCCAAUACUAGAUUAUUGGGACCAACAAGUUUAGAUGCACAUUCAAUUGCAAUGAAUUUUACAUUGAUGACAUUUAUGAUUCCAUUGUCAUUGUCGAUUGCAUUGUCUGUUCGAAUUGGACAACUUUUAGGUGCUAGACAACCACAAAUGGCCAAACGUACGACACGUAUUGGUUUUGGUAUAUCUAUAGUCUUUAUGAUGGUAGUGUCGAGUACACAAUUCUUUUCACGACAUUUUAUUGGUAGCAUCUAUUCGUCGGAUAUUGAAGUACGACAAAUGGUUGCCAAGUUGUUACCCAUUUCAGCAUUGUUCCAAAUAUUCGAUGGCUUCCAAACUACGUGUCAAGGUAUCAUUAGAGGUGUUGGUAAAAACAAGAUUGGUGCAGUCAUCAAUUUUACAGCUUUCUAUCUGGUUGGAUUGCCCAUCUCGAGUGUUUUGACGUUUGUCGUUAUGCACAAAGUCUAUGGACUUUGGAUAGGUCUCUCUUGUGGUCUGGCUGCAUGUGCCAUCAUUCUUGGUAUUGUUGUUAAUCGUAUAGACUGGAAUGCUGAAAUGGAACGUGCACUUGCUCGUACAGCUGCCGAUGGAGCAGGUGGUCUUAUGGAUGAAGAAGAAACUCUUGGUCUUGAAAAAGACAAACAAGAUAAAGAAGACCAAGAACAAGGAGAUAGUCAAACCAAUUCUGAAGAUAUUUCAAUUGAUGGAGCUGAAAUGGAAACUAUCAAAAGAAAAGAAAAGGAAAAGAAAAAGAAACAACAACAUCAUAAAAAAGAAGAAAAGAUAGGUUUAAUGAAUGAACAAGAUGGUGAUAGAAGUAGUAGUAAUAGUAAUAGUGAUAGUGAUGAAGACGAACAAGAUGAUGAUGACGAUGAUCAGUCUACAACUCGGACAAUACCAUCAUCUUCGAUUGUAUUAAAUCAUAAUCAUCAUAGUGAUACGAUUGAUAAUGAUAUAUAG